GGGGUGAGCCUUUAAAACUCCUGGAAGGAGUCUUCCUUGAGUAAGCAGCUCCCAAAGGAAAGGUGCGAAUCUUCUCGUUUUGCUCAAGCAGAUCUGAGCUCGACACAGCUUUUGCUAAAUAGCUGUUCAUCGCGGGAAAUUGGUUCCCUGCCUGCCAUUGGAUUUCAGCUGCCUGUCCUUGGCCCAGCGCUUUCUUGCUCUGUAACUGCUGAUCUGUUUUUGUUUUGUUUCUGAGUGAUGACGUUUCUCAUCUUUUCCCUCCGGCUGGCCAUCUACAUCCUGACGUUUCCCUUGCACCUACUGAAUUUUCUGGGCCUGUGGGACUGGGUGUGCAAAAAAUGGUUCCCCUACUUCAUGGUGCGAUUCGCUGUGAUUUAUAAUGAAGAGAUGAAAAGCAAGAAGCAAGAACUCUUCAGCAACCUGCAGAAGUUUGCGGGUCCCUCAGGGAAGCUCUCUCUAUUGGAGAUAGGCUGCGGUACUGGGGCCAACUUCAAGUUCUAUCCACCCGGCUGCCGGGUGACUUGUGUUGACCCCAACCCCAACUUUGAGAAGUUCUUGAUCGACGGCAUUGCGAAGAAUCAACACCUGCAGUUUGAGCGCUUUGUGGUGGCUGCUGGCGAGAACAUGCACCAGGUGGCUGCUGACUCCAUGGAUGUGGUGGUCUGUACCCUGGUUCUGUGCUCUGUGGAGAACCAGGAGCGGAUUCUCCAGGAAGUUCGCAGAGUGCUGAGACCGGGAGGGGCCUUUUACUUCAUGGAGCAUGUAGCAGCUGAACGUUCAACCUGGGAUUACUUCUGGCAGCAGGUCUUAGAUCCAACCUGGAACAUUCUCUUUGAUGGGUGUUACCUGACUAGAGAGAGCUGGAAGACCCUGGAGAGAGCAAGUUUCUCUAAGCUGGAGUUGCAACACUUACAUGCCCCAUUGUCCGUGAAGAUGGUGCGCCCUCACAUUUAUGGAUAUGCUGUGAAAUAGCCAGGGCAGACAUACAGAGCUGAAUGAUUUCAUUAUUUAGGGCUUCAGCUUAACAUAAGAUGCUAGUUGGCAAAAGGGAAUCCUGUUUUUUUUUUUCAUUUGUGUUUUAGGUAAAGUUGAAUUUUAUUCCUAAAAGUUUUUACACUCUAAUCUUUUUAGCCAGUUUCUAUUGUCUCUCAAAUAAUCAAAAACAAAAACAA